CGCGAACGGAGGAGUUAGGGGCCGUUCUCACAGAAUGUGUUUAUGCGCACAUCUUUUCUGUUUUCCCAUUGUUUAAACACUUGCUGGACGAAUGUCUUUGACAUUUGCACCGCGUCUCGCUUUUUCUUCAGCGUCUCGUGGAGGACCGGCACAUUUUAAACACCAUUUCAAGUUCAAAACGCAAGUUGAGACAUCUGCGCUCUGUUUCAUUCUUUGCGCUGCGCCUAGACUGUUUUAGCAGUUGUCACGAAGAUUCAACAAUAUGAACAAGUUCAGGUUGCAUAGAGGGGACUGUUGCAUUUUUUCAUAUUAUUCCAGAUUGUUCUGCACCAGGUGAAGUUUCAGCAAAUAAAUGCAGGAUUGUGGCCUCCGUUCGUUUUCCUGGUUGAAGAUGGCAUCACUCACUCAUAGGGAUUUUGUUUCACUGGCUGAGGAGAAAUUUGACUUCGAUGUUUCACUGUCACCAGCAAGGUUUGUUUCACUUAGGGGAGACCAGGGCUAGUUGGCACACAUUGUUUUUACUGUUUAAAUUUGGCCGAGAAACCUUUUUUCCAUUGUGGCAAUGUACCCCAUAUAGUGUGACAACAUGCCCUGCUGUUAGGGCAAUAUGUUUUUAGUGAACUGCAUUUUUCCCCCAAGUGUGACAACUUGCCCUGGUCUCCCCUAUAUAUUAACUUACAUCUAAACUUGCAACUUAAAAACAGAGGAAAAACAAGCAAUAUUAGCAAUGCAAUUAUAAUUAAAUGCAACAGGAAACUAGAAUAAUGUUACCAAAUCUACAGCAGAGUGGAAUUGAAGGACAGUAAAUACAAUAUAUUUUUUUAAAUAAUGGUAUAAAAGUGCCUUUUUUUAUGAUUAUGAGUUGGUCAGUUAGGCAAUGUACACUGCUGUUCAAAAGUUUGGGGUCACUUACUCAUUCUUUAUUUAUUUUUCUUCACAUUUUAGAAUAAUAGUAAAGUCAUCAAAACUAUGGAAUAACAGACAUGAAACUUUGGGAAUUAUGUUGUGACUAAAAAAAAAUCCAAAAUAAAUCAAAACGAUAUUGUAUUUUAGCAUCUUCAAAGUAGUCACCCUUUGUGUAGAAUUUACAGACAUUUUGACAGACAUUGACAUUUUCUCAACCAACUUCUUGAGGUAUCACCCUGGGGUGAUUUUUAAACAGUAUUGAAGGAAUUCCCAUCUAUGUUUGGCACUUAUUGGCUGCUUUUCUUUAUUAUUUGGUCCAAGUCAUCAAUUUCAAAUAAUUUUUUUUAUUUUAUUUUUUUUAUUUUAGUUGUGUAAUGAAAAAAUGUAUAUGUUGGCACGAUUAUAUUCUUGUCUACAAAACUAAUUUCAAACAUUUAAGACUACGCCUUCAGAUCAAAAGAUUUCUACGAUUUCAGUCAAAUGACCCCAAACUUUUGAAUGGCAUUGUACACCCAAAUGGAUGUUUCAGAGUUCUUCUGAAAAACAUAUCUCCUCAUAGCUCCAAAGGAGACCCAGAUGUUGAGGACGAAGUCUUCCUGGGUCCAGUUGGUCAUAAAGAGAAAUGCAUUUCCCAUGGAGUUGAGAUUCACGCGAAAGAGAGUUUGAGCAGUGGGCUGUCUCUGGGAGAGGAGCCCAGCUGGAGUCCACUCACAGGAGAGAAGUUUGAAGAAAUCUGCAAAGAGGCUCAUCAACUCGCCAGCCACCUCGAGCAAACCAUCAUGGACUCUGUUGUUGAUACCAAUGUGGUUUCCUCGAGCCAAGCUGAUGACACUGAGACAUUUGAGGAGGACACCACUGCCAAACUGAGUGUGUUUGACAAACCAGCCCACGUUCUCAGUCCCAUAAAACGUGAGACCUUUCUUGUGCAGGACAGCCCAAUGAAGCAGCUUCCACCUGCUAUUCAGAAGCGUAUGCUGAAGACUAGCGGGGCAACCAGGUUUGGAAAGCCACGCCUCAGUACGUCAAGUCCAGUCAGACCCGCUGUGACGCAGCCUAAGAUGGCUAGUAGAGGCAAAGCCCUUGUGGCAAAUAGUGGGGUGUUACCAAGCAAGCCCACAGCCCAAGGAAGUUCACGAUUUUCCUCCAGCACAAAACCACCACCUGCAACCAAGACUAGACUUGCUCCUCCCAGCAAAUGUAACUUUGGGCUGAAACGCAGUCCCAGCAGUAGAAACACAAGUAGAGGAGGAUCUUCUGAGGAUCUUCUCUCUGAUAACACCAGUGUCGCUUCUGAUGUCAGCGAUUCUUCAUUUAACACUAGUUGGACUACCAGAAGCAGCAUUCCUUCUCGGAGCAAGACAGAAUUGCGAGCUCCGUCUGCACUUAAAGCUCCUUCACUUCAGAACUCGAGAGUCAUGGACAGAAGGAGAAACACAUCGUCCUCUUCCUCCUCUGUGUCCAGCAUCAACUCUAGUCUAACUAUCUCUCCAGGAGGCAAAGCCAAACUCAAUUCAUCUCUGAACUCCAGCACAAACAGCAUCAGUAGACAUUCGCACAGCAGUGUGAGUCGGUUGCCAGGUUCCAGUCGAAAAUCCUCUGUUGUUACCAGAAACCCAGAGCCCCCCGUCAGUAGGCGAACCUCCAUCUCGACACAGGGGCGGAGGGGCUCAGAUCUUCUCCCUAGACCUGUCAAAGCCACACCCAUUAAAAAAUUGGAUCCAGGUCCUCCUACUCCGCACCAGACUCCAGCAAAGAAUACUGUAGAAAAGACCACUUCUACAUCCAACAUCCCUGCAGUUGCUGCUAAGACUGAAAGUACUCUUAGGGGUAACCCUAAACUUAAAGCUCCAGUGGUGCCAACACCCAUAAACUACCUGAAGGGAGUGCGCAAAUCAGAGGUUUGCUCCUCGCCUGAUGUCUCUCGUAUCAUGAAGCCGAAGAGACUAUUGUCUGCAUGCAGUGUGGAGAGAAGUAUUCCAGAUAAUCUAGCUGGUCCUGUACCUAUUGGCCUCCUGACCCCGUCGGCUAUGGGCAGUAAACUGCGGAGACCCUCUGCUCUUCCCACCCCAGCCAACCGUCGUAUAUCUGGCAUCCCCACGUUCACUCCCAGGAGUGUGUCACGCCUCAGCAAGCCUUACCAGAACACGGAGCACGCAUCAGUCUCCAGCCAAGAGGCCAUGCAUCCAAGUCCAACGAACCUUAAGAAGAGUGAGAAUCACGAAGAUAAGCCAUCUCCAGUGUCCGGUGAGGAGACCUUCCCUUCAGCAGAUCUCCAACCCUGCUCUCUAGUUUUCAAUCUGGAAGAUGAGCCUGAGGGACCUCCUUCCUGUGAGCCAACAGUUGUGGGGAAUUCCUUUGAACCUUCCUCAUGUGAUCCAGAGCCUUCACAGAUCAACAUGGUUCCCCCAACACUCCCAAACUUGGUGGACACCAAAGACGACUACCUGCAAAAGAAUACAGAGACGAAGGAUGUUAAAGAGGUUUUGUUAGUGGACGCUCCUGCACCUGCACUACGCCCAGCGGAAAAGUCAUUAAUUGAUCUCUCCAAUUCCCCAGACCUGAUUAAAACCUCCUCUACAAAGCCCUGGGGUGGACAGUUAAUUGACCUGAGCUCACCUCUUAUCAAGUGGAGUCCAGAGGACAAGAAGGAAAAUACUGAGAAUGUGGCGCCGCUGAUUGACUUGUCUUUUUAAACGACCUGCAAAAUUACUGUGAACUAUGGCAUGAAAAAAUAAUACUGGAACAUUUCAAAAACUGCUGAAAAAAAAAAUCUAAAGAUGGAGCGUGGACGCUGCUGUGCUUUGUUUUUGAUUGUGAAAUUAUUUUAUUUGUGUUAGUCCUAUAUGAUUGUAUUAAAUUAUGCUCAUCUUUUAGAACUGAAUGUUGUUGUUUCACCCCUAAAGGUACA